UGACAGAUAAGAGUAAUUGUGGAUUUUUAGUUUAGUGUGUAUUAUUUUGCGGUUUGCCUCGUCAUUACGGUGUUUGUCAAUCAUAUGCUUAGAAAUUGGUGUGGUAAAAAAACACUAUAUAUUUUAAAUUCUUUUGAGUGAAAAUUUUUAAAAUGAGUGUGACGAAAGGCAAACAAGCUACUAAAGGUAGCAAACAAAUUGUUGAAGAAAAUAUAGCCACUCUCAAAUUUUAUAGAAAUAUGGCAUGUAGCUCAACGGCGUUAAACAUAUUGAUUAACUUCAUAUUUUUUGAACCCUUCAGUGGACUCCAAGUGAUAAUGAUUCUUCUGACAACAGCGAUCCAUGGUGGUAGUUAUUAUUUUAUGGCUAUGAUGAGUAAACCUCAAUAUUCUGACACGGGAAGCCUAAUGGAUUCUGGUAGCGAUCUAAAUUUAGAUGGAGGUGUAGCAGAGCACGUUAAAGACAUUAUCAUUCUGACAACAGGAUCCCAGUUGAUGUCACUGAUUUCAAAUUAUUUCUGGCUUCUGUUAUUAUUGGCACCACUUCGCGCAUUAUGGCUUUUAUGGAACUCCGUCAUUAAACCGUGGCUUCUUCAGAAAGGAGAGGAAGAAGCACCAAUUAACGAAAAGAAAAGACCGGAGAGAAAAAUCAGACGUGUAAGAUAAAUGUGCAAUGUAAAUAAACAAUAAAAAUAAAGUGAAAACUUAUUUCGACA